AUGUUUUGUGGCGAUGGUGGAGCCACUUUAGGGUUAGGAUUUCUAGUGUGUGAUGGUGGCGUUGAUCGUGGAAGCGAGACAGAGUUAGGGUUUCUCAUCUCGAUAGAAGGGCAGGAUGGACGAGAAAAGCGGGCUAGGAAAACUCAUUCUAUCUGGGGCCAGGGUUUCAUAAAACUCACGCCAUCAUCGAUCUGGGCAUCACCUAAAACCCACCACGAAGAUUUGUUCCCAUCAUCAUUGGUCUCGGUAGGUGCAGCAAGGGCUGCUCAAGCAGUUUUUGGCUGCAUCUCCUUCGAUUCCGGUAGCAUAUUGGCCCGAUGGAGCAAGGCAAGCGGAAACAGUAGCUCCGAUGAGGGUUUUUGCCAUGGUGCUAUGGUUAGUUACGCCUCCUCAUUGGCUCAUCCAUGCUUCAUCUACUUCAAAUCAAUCCAACCGACUCACAAUCGCUUCUUCCCCAUAUCUCUACAGAUCCCGAUCAAAGAAAGCUAUGGAAUUAAGUUUUAUGAACCACAAAAUCUUAUCGUGAAAACAUCUACUCAAAACCACAAGGUUUCUGCUAUUUUGGUGUUCGGAGACUUCACUUCUGAUCCUGGAAACAACAACUACAUUCUGACCCCUUUCAGGGGCAAUUUCCCACAUUAUGGGAGAGAUUUUGCAAACCAAAAAGCGACAGCGAGGUGUACCAAUGGAAAGAAACACAAUCCUAAUUUUCGAAUUUUUUGA